CCACAACACUUCCUCGUCCCCACUCUGGCUGCUGAUUGGUCAGGCCUCCAGCAGCGCGCGCGCGCCGCGCCCGCCAGCCCCGAUUCCCCUUCCGCCGCUUCCCUCUGACGUCAUCGCAUCCAGCCAACCCGCGUCUGGCUGCGCUCGGCGAGUCGGCGCCGAGCGGCCAAUCGGCGGCGGUGCGGCGGGAGCCUCAUUUGCAUAAUAAUAGAGGGGCGUGGUCAGGUGAGCCGCGGCGGCGGCGGGUCCGGACGGGUGCUGACCAAGACCUCUGCCCAUGGCCCACAGCACCAAGCAGCCGCCUGCCGCCCUGCUACAUGCCACGGGCAAGGCUCAGCAUGGGAACUUCCUGGUGGCCAUCAAACAGGAGAAGGGAGAGUCGGCGCGGGUGGGCGGCGAGAAGCCGGAGGAGGAGCCGGUGAAGAAGAGGGGCUGGCCCAAGGGCAAGAAGAGAAAGAAGAUCCUUCCCAAUGGCCCCAAAGCCCCCGUGACGGGCUAUGUGCGCUUCCUGAACGAGCGGCGCGAGCAGAUUCGCACACAGCAUCCCGACCUGCCCUUCCCAGAGAUCACAAAGAUGCUGGGAGCAGAGUGGAGCAAACUGCAGCUCUCAGAGAAGCAGCGGUACCUGGACGAGGCGGAGCGGGAGAAGCAGCAGUACAUGAAGGAGCUGAGGGAGUACCAGCAGUCAGAGGCCUACAAAAUGUGCACGGAGAAGAUCCAGGAGAAAAAGAUCAAAAAAGAGGACGGUGCGGUGGCUGUGAACACCCUACUCAACGGGCACCCGCACAAGGCUGGUGAGUGCAGCGACACCUUCUCCACCUUCGAUGUGCCCAUCUUCACCGAGGAGUUCUUGGACCAAAACAAGGCCCGGGAGGCCGAGCUGCGGCGCCUGCGCAAGAUGAACACGGAGUUCGAGGAGCAGAAUGCCAUCCUGCAAAAGCACACGGAGAGCAUGAACUGCGCCAAGGAGAAGCUGGAGCAGGAGCUGGUGCAGGAGGAGCGGCAGACCCUGGCCCUGCAGCAGCAGCUCCAGUCCGUGCGGCAGGCCCUCACUGCCAGCUUCGCCUCCCUCCCCAUCCCCGGCACUGGGGAGACCCCAACGCUGAGCACCCUGGACUUCUACAUGGCCAAACUGCACAGUGCCAUUGAGAGCAACCCGCUGCAGCACGAGCCGCUGGUGCUGCGUGUCAAGGAGAUCCUGUCCCGGAUUGCCAGUGAACACUUGUGAGAGGACCAGUCCUUCCAGACCCCGGACCUGGCUGGGCCCUGGGCCUGUCCCUUGGAGCUCACUCAAGGGACAGUCUCUGCAGGGCCUCUGGCUGCUCCCCCUGCCCCUUGCACCUUCCUGCAGCCAGGACCCCCAGCCCUGACCGCCUGAGCCACGGCUGCACAAGCUCCAGGGACCUUGAGCUUCAGGGGACAAGCGGUGACAGGGCUGAGAGCCCAGCUGGGGCAGUGCUGGGAGAGGGUCAGCAUUGGUGUGAGCACUCCUGCUUCUCCCCCGGGUCCCCCAGCCCUGCCUGCCAACCAGGGGCUCCCUGAAGCCUGACUGAGGCAGGGAGGCCUUGGUGGGUUUUGGCCUGGAGUGAACACACCCCUUUAGGGUGAACUGGGGCUGUGGGGAACUGGGGGUGACAGAGACCCCCUUGGUGCUGGUGCUGCCUCCUGUCCCCUGGCCAGCUUGGGAGCCUCUUGGUCCCAUCUCAGCAAGGGCAUGAGGGCAGCUCCUUCCCACCACCUGCCUCAGCUUUUAUUUGAUGGGUGCCUUCAGCCCCUGCCCCUGUCACCCUCCUUCCCUUCCAUAUCUGGGACCAGGCAGUGAGCUUCUGAAAGCAAUAAAACUCUUUAGGCCAGAGGGGAGCUGGAACGGUGGCCCCCUCCUGGGGAAGGGAGCAGAGGAGAGCUGGGACUGACCCCCUCCCAUGGUGGGGACCCCUGGAAGAGGGGAGCUGGGACCCACCUUGUCCUAGGGUGGGGACUCCUGUAGCAGGGGAGUUGUGACCCACCCUUUCCUGCUUGCGGGUACCCUGGGUGUGCUGCACUGGCUUUUGCCUCCUGCCCCUUUUGCCUGAGCCCCCCUGCUCUUGUGGGACCACUGUGCUGGCAACCGGGGUCAGGCUUUGUGUCCCCGGGACUGCCUGUCAUUAAUCUCAGACUCUGUAAUUAGAGAGUGUCUUAUUUUCUUACUUAGCACUACAUGGGCCUGGGCCUGGCCCUGGGUCUGACGGGGACUGGGGUGUUCCCACCCCUCCCUCACUUGCCGGGCCUGCGCUGUGCAUCUGCCAUUUGCCAUCUCCUGCUGCCGCUGGGCUGGGGAUGGAGAUGGGAGCAAAUAAAUGUGGGAGAAAUCC